GAAACGAGUGUACAUUUUAAAAAUGUGAUGACUUUUUUAAGUAAAUAUGUAUUUAAAUUUUUAUAAGAAAAUAAAAAAACAUUUGUUUUCUUGUUAAUUUGAAUUUUAAUAAAAUCAUAGAAAAACAUCAAGAAGCUAUUAAUAUAAAAAAUGGUAAAACAUAGAAAAUAUUCUAGCAAAGCAGAUCAUCGACAAUCAAAUUACGUUGAAAUUAAUAAAAUCAAAGACCAUCGAAAUAAAUCAAAUGUUCAAGGAAAAACAGAAAUGGUGAUGUUGCCCAACGCAGAAAGUGCAUUAAAAAUACUGUGCUCUGUGCGAUUAUGUGCAGCUAUUUGGUCUCAUAUAACAGAUUGUGAUGAAACGUUUAACUAUUGGGAACCACUGCACUUUCUAAUGUAUAACACUGGAUUACAAACUUGGGAAUACGAUCCGAAAUAUGCACUUAGGUCAUAUUUUUACCUUUUGAUCAAUGGAAUACCGGGAUGGAUAUACAAGAAUAUAUUUUCGGCUAGCCCCAUUCUGAUAUUUUAUUUCAUUAGGUGUAUGUUGGCGUUGACUUGUGCUGUCAGCGAGUUUUAUAUUUACAAGUCUAUAUGCAAAGAAUUUGGUGUUCACAUUGGUCGACUAUGGAUUUUAUUUCAAAUAUUUUGUCCUGGGAUGUUCAUAUCAAGCUCAGCUUUUUUGCCAAGUUCAUUUUCAAUGUAUUUUAUUAAUUUAGCACUUGCAGCAUGGUGGAAUCAAAAGUACAAUUUGUCCACAUUUUUUAUUGCCGUAUCUUCCUUACUUGGUUGGCCAUUUGUUGCAAUCUUAGGACUACCAAUUGCAUUUGAUAUCACUAUUAGGCAGAAGAAGACUCAAACGUUUGUUUUUUGGUCAUUAGUUUCAGCAGCUGUAAUUUUAAUACCUAUGACUGCAAUUGAUUCAUCAUAUUUUGGUAAAUUAGUGAUAUCACCAGUAAAUUUGGUUCUUUACAACGUAUUUACUUCACAUGGUCCUAAUCUAUAUGGUGUUGAGCCAACGUCUUUCUAUUUGAUAAAUGGUUUCCUCAACUAUAAUAUAAUUUGGUUAAUGUCUCUAUUGACUCCUGUAAUGCUUUUAGUCGGAUAUUUCUUUAUUCCAACAAAGUCCAAUGCAACUUUAAACAUACCAUAUUAUCUUAGUUUAGCCCCCUUUUAUAUGUGGCUCCUAAUAUUUUUUCUACAACCACACAAAGAAGAGAGGUUUCUUUUUCCUAUAUACCCUAUGAUAUCUCUUUGUGGUGCUAUAAGUGUUGACGUUGUACAAAAGCUAUUUAAUCGCAUAAACAUAAAAUAUAAAAGCACACCAAAUAACAGCUGUUACUUGAAUCAUACAACAUGUAUUGCAGUCAUUUUCGUUAUAGUAAGUUCUUUGUUAAGUAUUUCACGGAUUAUAUCGCUGCACAGAAAUUACCACGCUCCACUGGAUCUUGUUAGGGCAAUUGAUACCUUACCUAACAUUCAAGAAAACUUAAACAAUGGUAACUUAACUUACAACUUCUGUCUUGGCAAGGAUUGGUAUAGAUUUCCUACAAGCUUUUUCUUUCCUUCUGAUCAGUUUCGAGUCAGAUUUUUAAAAUCCGAGUUUAAGGGAAUAUUACCGGCCUACUAUGAAAACGACACCGCGUAUGAGCAUGAUUAUUUCAAUGACAAGAAUGAAGAAAACUUUUCCAUGUAUUUUGAAUACGAAAAAUGUGACUUUUUGUUAGACCUCAGUACCGGAAGACACACAAAGUUGGAGCCAAAUUACUCAGAUCGAUUAGAUGAAUGGAGUAUAGUUAAGUCUAUGGCUUUUGUUGACUCAACGAAACCAAAUAACAUUUUGCGAGCCUUUUAUGUACCUUUUGCUAGUGAUCAUUUUGUAAAAAUGGCAAAAUUCAAUUUGUUGAAACGAAAUAAGAAGAAUAUGUAGUUUAAUAAUUUUUAUUUGUACCUAUUUAAACAUAAAUACAUUUCACUAAAAAUAUGAAAACAUAUUUUUUCUUUUUUUUCACAUCAAAAAUAAACUGUUAAGUUAUUCUCAGAGUUGCCUAAGUUACCAACUGAAGUUAAAAUGUUA